AUGUCUGCUCGAAAGCUGAAAGUCGCUGGGUUCAAGAAGGCUUAUAUCGAUUACGACGAUAUUGCUGACUACAAAGACUUCUUUUGUGUUGCUGACAACAUGUUUUUCAAAAAGAAGUCUAAAGAAUGGUGGACCGCGUUCAAAGAGGAAGAGGAUGAACAGAAAUGGACUGAAGAACUGGGCAAAUACUUGACGGAGUGCAAAGUUGGGGUUGAUACGACAAAAUCUCGCAAAACGGUUGCUAAUGCGGUUCUGGAUGUGAUGAUUGCCAAGAAAUACGAUGAAACAAAAGACGCACAUAAUCUAACUAGUGUGACCUACCUUGAAAAGGAAGAAGCUCGUGUGGCGCAGUCUCAAAAUAAACAGAAUCCAUUGAAUCUCAUCGAUUAUUCUUCUCCCGAGUUUGCCACAAAAGUAAAGGAUUUGUGUAAGUUGUUAGGGAUUACGGAUCAUCCUGAUCCCGUCGUAUUGUUGAAGGCCGCUUGUAUUUUUAUUUCUGAGAACUUGAAUGAAAACAUUGUGAAAGAAAGGAACGCUGAGCGUAAGUCUGGUAAAGUUCCGAACACAUUUGAUCUCCGUUCAUUCCCUAUUGAUUUACCUGACCAGAAAGAUGGUGCUGUGAAUGCUGCUGGUCGGAUAUUGCGGUUGCUCAACAUUGAGACUAUAAGGGAUACUCAGACAAGUGUAAAUGAAACACUUGUGGCUAUUCAAAACUUGACAAUCGAUCAGACAAAGAAGCCAGCGACAAAACAGGUUAAGUACGGGACAAUGUCAGCAGAAACUCGGCAUCGUCCAAACAUUUUGAUCACAGGGACACCUGGAACAGGGAAGUCCACAUUAGGACAAGAGAUUGCAAGCCGUCUUCAAUUCGAUUUUAUAGAGGUAGGAAAGGAAGUUCGAGAACAUGGCUUAGUCGAGGAGUUUGACCCAAGGCUCAACUGUCACGUACUUGACGAAGAGAAGCUGCUGGACCACUUAGAGGAUCGAAUGAACAGCGACGCCGGUGGUGUUAUUGUUGAUUAUCAUGGGGUGGACUUCUUCCCGGAAAGAUGGUUCGAUUUCGUGAUUGUUUUACGCUGCUCUAACACAUUGUUAUAUGAUCGUUUAGCGCAGAGAGGAUAUGAGUCGAAUAAGAUCAGAGAAAAUAUCGAAUGCGAAAUAUUUGGAUCCCUACUAGAGGAGGCAAAAGAUUCGUAUAAAGAAGAGAUAAUCCAUGAGUUGCAAUCGGAAACAGUGGAUCAAAUGCAUGCAAAUGUAGAUUUUGUAUGUCGGCUAGCAUCGGAAUGGCAGCCGUCUAGGUAG